UGUAAACAAGCUAUCAAAAUGUGUAGUUUUGCGAGAAGUAGACAGUGUACCAAAGUCCAUGAAGAAACAGCGAAACCCAAGUAACCAAUCAUCAUAUCGAUUGCCUUAAAUGGAUGCAGUUUUUUACGGCUUCGACAUUUACUUAUAAUAGAUUAACCUCCUUUUGCCAUCUUUGUUCAAGCCAACAUAAUUUCAAGUUUCAGAUGGGAUGUCAAAGAAACCAUUUUCCGAAAGGAGCAGUUACGACUCUGUUGAACAAGUCGUAUUCAAAAUUUACGGCUAUGUUUGUUCUACUUACUGACGAGUUGCUGUUAAGGACAUCCUUGGACGGCUUUCACUUCAUCUCUUGUUCACAGUAGAUUUUUCAAGCCUAUUUUCAAGGUCUGACCACCAAAUGGGGAGAGAUGCCAAUCUACAGAUAUACACACAUAGAACAACCCAAGGCUUUCAAAACGCAUAGUCUCCACUCAAUCUAAUCUACGUAAAUUUCUAGUACAAUAAAGUUUAGCAGUUCAUCUACUCCUUCCUACAAGUACAAUAAAUACUGCUUCAAGAGACACACUACCACUGAUGGUCCCUUCCUUGGCAGAACUAAGUGAGCAGUCGGCGUUGAAAUCUACGGCAAGGAUUAAGAAUUCUGGCAAGGGCUAAGAGAGCGUUGACGACACGCCAAGUUAGUUUGUCAUUUUAUCGAACAGUUCCUAGAGUUGAGAGACUUUGGAGCUUAAGCUCUCGUGUAAUUAAGUUUUCGGACAAGAUUGGUUCACAGUCACGGUUUCUCCAUUUCCUUGACCCCACCCCAGAAACGUCUCGUUAUCGAGUUAGUCCAACGGGACGUCAAAGGGCUGAUG